GCCUAGUGGGAAAUGGUCGCCAAUAUUUGAUGGAUUCGUCCAUACGGAGUACUACAAGAAGUAGUAGAUACGGAGAAUGAUAUCCCCUCCAUUCUAAUCUAAAAACAUCUUCAUCAUCAAUGGCCAUUCCCACCCACCCAGUUGUCACGCCAUCAUCUGCGCACUGCAGGCCAACCCACUGAACUUGACCUAUCACAGUCUUGAGACACCUCAGCAUCACCGCAAAAAGGUCAGCUCCAGCCCACCGCCACCACAAGAUGUCGAAACGCUCUCGCAGCACAUCCCGAUCUCCAUCUCCAGAGGGCUGGUCCAGAUCCAUCUCCCCAGCAUCCUCGAAUACGCCAUCUCUCGGCCGGCCCAAGAUCCAUUUUCUUGAUCCCACGGCCACGGCACCAAUGGCGGAAGUCAUGCAUUGCUCGUUACCGCCGCACCGAGAAACGCUGUCUUUUGCCUCGUACGAAGACUACGAGGUCCAUUAUAUGCAAGCGCAUGUGAAUCGAUGUUCGCAAUGUGCGAAGAAUUUCCCCACGGAUCGGUUUCUGAAUCUCCAUAUUGAGGAGAAUCAUGAUGCUUUGGUUGCAACGAGACGGGAGCGGGGAGAGAAGACUUAUGCAUGUUUCAUCGAAGGCUGCGAGCGAGUAUGCUCUACGCCCCAGAAACGCAGAAUGCAUUUGAUAGACAAACACAUGUUUCCCAAGACCUAUAACUUCUAUAUCGUAAAUGAUGGCAUCGACAAGCAAACGUCUCUAUUGCGAUCACCACAUAAUCACCGACGACGCAUAUCGGCCGCUCCCACUUCACCACAAGAGGGACGGUUACGGAAUCGACAGACGUCCGUAUCUCAGGUUGAGUCGGGCUUGAAUGUUCCAAAAGGCUCCGCGCCUCGGAAAGACGCUGACGAUAUGGAGAUUGCUGAACUUGAAAAGUCAAUGUCUGCGUUACGAUUUGUUCCGGCCAGUGUAGCGAGAAGUCGGGGUAAGGUUGGGAGUAAGUCUUGACUUUGACUAUUGGAUUUAAAUCGGGACGUGAAGCCGGCGUUUGUUUCGCCGAGGAACAAGUUUUGGCUCGUCUCGUAAUGUGGCUACUACGGGGGGUACUUUUACGGUUUCUGGUCUUUCCACAGGGUUUGGAAGAUACUCAGUACACGCUUUCCUUUCAUUACCGGCCAUUGGAACGCAACAUUUUUAAUUCUCGAUUAGAGGGCAGCCCGUGCACAAAGGGGCAUGGAAGGAAGGGAAUGGGGUGCAAGCCAUGUCUGAACACGUCAGCAAAGAAAUGGGUUUCAGUGACCCCAUCGCUUCCCUGGCUGCUAUAGACUUCCAGCAUCUCUCAUGCUGGCCAGCAAGCCUCAUUAGCCUACCAUAUACCCUGCCAAAUAUGACGACUAGUACACACAAGCCGCUCUCCCUCGAGAAAAGAC